CUCGUAUACGUGUGCACGAUUCACAGUGCACACAUGACAGGCGGCGUCGUCGAGGACAUGCAAGCAGCUCGAUCCUCUUCCCUCGCGCAUUCGUCCUGACUUUUUCGAGCGACGACGGUCAAUCAGUAUCGCCAUCUUCGCCCUUCACCUCUAUGCUCUUCCUCUCCUCCGCCCAUUGAAAUCAGACACCAUGAUCUCGCCGACACCACCCCGUCUGCUCAGGGCCCUCCUGACCGUCAUCGCCCUGCAAUCGACCUCCGUCGCCUCCAUCUGGAUCUCCGUCGACGCCGACGGCACCGCACACACCAUCACCCCGACCACCGACGUCGUAGGCGGCGCCACCACCACCAUCGAUGCCGUUCCGUAUUCCCUGACCGGCCGCGUCUUCACAAUCACCCAGACCGAUGGCGCCGUCACCACCAGCUCCGGCAACCCCCCUCCGCCCCGUGCGACCGACUCGGACGGCGGUCGCGGUUACUUUAUCCCCUGCCGAUGGAACGCCAACUCGGCCAUCUCCCCGUUCUGCAACCCGCGCGACAGGUCCGAGCUGUAUGCUGAAGAGCCCUAUUACAUCACCUGGGACGACCACGGCGUCCCCGAAGGAAGCGGUCGCCUCGUAGGCUACCUCGUCAGCUCGAUCGGCGCACGACGGUCGAACACCCCCCUCUUCACCUUCGACGUCGCCCUCCGCGACGGCCACCACGCCUGGACCCCCACCGAAUCCGACCUGAACGGCAGCGACGUCUUCAGCUUCAUCGAGCUCGUCCUCAGCUACGAGGGCUACAACCGCACCGGCCCCGUCGUCAGAGUCCUGCCCCCGCGCGACGAGAUCCCCGAGGAGAGCAACGACGGGGGAAGCGGCGGUGGCGGUGGUGGUGGCGGCGGGCCGAACGUCCUGGCGAUCGUUUUGCCCAUCGUCUUUGUCGUGUUGGCCAUCUUUGGUGCCGCGUUUGCCUUCUUCGUUAUCCGCAGGCGGAGACGCAAUGCUGCGGGUACUGGCCCGGCGGCCAAGCGCGUGAGCAACGCUCUGGGGGCAUCUGGUCCCGGGGUGGCGGGGAAAGGGAGAGGCAGUGAGGACUGGAGUCUUUGGUCUUGAGAGGGGACGGACAGCUGUGGCCGCAUGAGGAGGAACCUUUUUUUAUUUCUUUUUAUUUUUAUGUCAUGGGAUGAUGGGUCUUAA